AGGAACACAGGGGAACAUGUCCUUUGUUCAGCCUGAUUGGAGCUUGUAGGCACUUAUUCAAUAGUAAUACAUCCUGUUUAUAUAGCCUAUAGCAGCGUUUCUCAAACUGGGGUCCCUUAGGGUACUCCAGGGAGUCCAUGGGCCACACUGAUCAACUCCUCCGCCUGCCCAGCAUGCAGGAGGCCCUGGGAGGGAAAGGGGGGGGGAGAGAGAGAGAGGCAGGCAUGGGGAACCGGCAUGCUCGAGGGAGGGAGAUGGGUAGAGUGGGCUUGGGAAGAGGUGGGGUGGGGCUUUGGGGGGAAGGGAGGGAGUCAGGGUGGGGCCUGGGGCUCAGGAGAGAACUUGAGGGUCCACACGUUUUUAGUCAAAAUGGGGGUCCUCAGGUUGCUAAAGUUUGAGAAUCGCUGGCCUAUAUAAUAACAGUGAGGUUCCUUAGAGGGGAAAAUACAGCUACAGGAUUUUAGCACUCAUUUGUCUCUAAGGUACAGAAAUGUGGGUGACAUUAAUAUGUUACACACAUUUAGCACCACUUACUUAAAUAUCUUGAUGGGCAUUAAGUUAGACUCAUAACACUCCUGUAAGAGAAGCAUUAAUAAUACUUUGUUAUAGGUAAACCGAGGCACAGAGCUAGUAGAAGCCCAUUCCUGAAGCCAUUGAAGUCAAUGGCCUCAAGUUACUUGCUCCAAGGAUGCAUGUGGCAUGGACGUUUGUGCUAACUUAGCCCAUUGUAGGAUCAGCGUUCAAGUCAGCUGCAUAAAUGUGACCAGAAGGCACUGAAAGGGAGUAGCCCCAACUUCCAGCCCUGUGUCUUGGUCACAAGCGAGCAGGUCAGGUACAGGUUACUUAACAGAAGCAGAACUCUCCUAACGUGUUAGCAAGACGUGUGGGUGUGGUUUUUUUGUUUUUUUUACAAACUUUGGGCUUGAUCCUGUAAACACGUCAGCAGCCGAGUAACUUGAAUCACCUGGGUAGCUCCACAGAAGUCAGUGCGACUGUUUCUGUGCGGAAAAGCGACUCAGGCAUGUUUGCAGGGCCGGCGGGCUGUAGCUUUUCGGAGGCGCUGCAGGACUCUGAAUAGCAUUUUAGCGGAGUCCUGCCCAACGCCGACUGACGAUUACUACCGCUGAACAGAACAAACUGCAAGGAAACCUGCCGCCACCGGAAAACCGUAGAGAAAGUUGGAAAACGACCCAACCCACCUAUCGCGCCCUGGCUGGCCAUUUCUAAGGCUGUCCAGCUGCGUAAUGUCCUAGAUGCGCCUCAGUUACUUCAUCUGUCACUCCGUAAUUAGUGUCCAAGGCAAAUUCCUGCCAGCCUUUCCCCUGGGUGUGCAACGCAUUUGGGCUCAGACCCUGCCACUCUCUCAGUGCUGACUCCGUGGAAAGCUGGGAGAGAAGCUCUCUUUUGAAGUGAAAUUCGUUGUUCUGUUGAAAGCAUCCAAGAUCUGAUCAUAUUAAGGAACCGCCUCCUGCCCCCCUCUUAAAGUCACAAAGCCAUAAUAUUUUGCCUUUCAGUUUCCCCCUCGUGGCUUGCUGUGCUUAUCUAAACUCCCACCGACCGGAGGCUGGAUGCAAUUUCAGCACAUUGCUGCCAGUUAAAUGCAGCAUUUCGAAAAUGUUUGUAUUUAGCAACAGAAAGCCAGUGAGCAGCUCCUUGGCAGUCCAGGCAGGCACUGUUUAGGGUGAGCUUUAACUGUGCAGACUCACACAUCCAGUGCACGGUGCCCCUCAUUCAAAUCUUUGGUCUCCUCCUUUCCCUCUUAAAGUUUCCUCUGAUCGGCUUUGUUACACUUGAAGGUCUAGAUUAGCUGUGCCGGAGGCAGAGGUGCUCCAGGAGGAGUAGGAGGCAUGUGAAACUGUUGCAUCCUUUUCUCUCUUCUUUUUCUUUAAAGGCUAAAGAACUUAAACUUCCUGAAAUUGUUGAAUGGAAGCUGAGCGGACUUUUCUUCUGCCCCCCGGGAGGUGGAAACUGACUAACAGUUCAAGGAAGGCUCCAAAGCCGCGAGAGAUCAGCAGCACACUUCCUUUAGGGGUCUCCCUGGACUUUCCCCGCUCCCCGAUUUGUCUCUCCUGGGAGGAGCCAGCAAAAGGCACUUUGUAAAAAUAAAAACUGGACCGGAGCCAGCAAGUGUAAAAUUCUAAGUGGUGUUGGUCAGAUCGCGGCGGAUAAAGUAGAAACUCCUUCACUCCGGGAUGUGAAAAGUCUCAGGAGAGAGCUGAAACAUUUCUAGCAGCGGUGGGUUGUUUCAUCUCUUAUUUCCUUCUCCAAAAGCCGCGAUGCAGCCCUAAUUUAACAUAAAAAGGGGGCUGAACCCUUGGAUUUGAAGGAAGGAAGCCCAGUGUUUGCCAGAGAACUCACAACCUUGAUACCCUCCUUAGUUUGACCUUCAAGAGGGGAAGACUUCCGGCCCCCUUUACACCUUUCAGUCCAGCUGAAUCUAUGACUGGGGGUUCCACCCUAUCCCCACCCUUUGCUGUUCCAUUCCAGAAAAUGGGUUCAUUUCGAAGGCCCAGGCCUCGCUUCAUGAGCUCCCCAGUGCUCAGUGACUUGCCACGUUUUCAAGCAGCACGACAGGCUUUGCAGCUUAGCUCCAACUCUGCGUGGAACAGUGUUCAAACAGCAGUGAUAAAUGUGUUCAAAGGGGGAGGCUUGCAAAACAAUGAACUUUACACCCUCAACGAAAACAUCAGACGUUUGCUGAAAAGUGAACUUGGAUCCUUCAUCACAGAUUAUUUCCAGAACCAGCUGCUUGCGAAGGGCUUGCUGUUUAUAGAGGAGAAGGUUAAGCUAUGCGAAGGUGAGGAUCGCAUUGAUAUCCUGUCUGAAACCUGGGAUCACUUCUUCACAGAGACCCUUCCCACACUCCAGGCGAUAUUCUACCCUGUCCAGGGUCAGGAAUUGACUAUCCGCCAGAUUGCCCUGCUCGGCUUCAGAGACUUGGUCUUAUUAAAGGUGAAGUUGGACGAGAUUCUUCCUCUAGUCCAAACAAAGCUCCCAGCUUCCAUUGUCCAGAUGCUGCUGGUUCUACAGGGUGUCCAUGAACCUACAGGUCCCAGCAAGGGCUACAUACUGCUGGAAGAGCUGGUCAAACAGGUGGUCUCUCCAUACCUGGGCUUGUGUGAGGAUCACAGCUUCCCUGGCGGCACCUGUGCACUCGAGAGACGGUAUUCCAGAUCUCGUCCCAAGGCAAACCUGCUGAGCUACUCUUCCCAUAGCGUGACAGCUCGGCAGCCCAGCGAGACGGCCCUGACGCCACUGACGGAGCAGGAGGGCGAGGCUUACUUGGAGAAAUGUGGCAGCAUCCGUCGCCACACUGUUGCCAAUGCUCACUCGGAUAUCCAGCUCCUGGCCAUGGCCUCCAUGAUGCACACUGGGAUCGUGAUAGAAGAGCCAGACAACAGUGACAAAUGCCUCCUCCUGCAGCCCAGCUUCAGCCACAGGCAAUGCUCCAGUGAGCCCAGUAUCGCUGAUGGGCCAGAGGGACUGGUAGCAACGGGCAGGCAGGAACCUACGGAACUGAACUGCACCUCAGUCAGCUAGAAGGGAUGUCCCCUCCAGGAGAGAGAACCAUGUGCACUGAACCAAAGGAUGUUCCUGCUGGGAACGGUGGAGAACAUGAGCCUUGGGGAUGUAUUUGCUCAUGUUGCAGGAACGGUCUAUGUUCUCAUGUCUCUUGGGAAAGGCACCUUAGAUUUUUGUCUCUGACUUUCUAGGAUCAUUGUCGGUGGAGGUACCAGGCUGCUCCCAGGAGAGCAUUCAGGACUGCAAGAGUUUCAGUGUGAAAUGCCACUGUCUCUGUGUUCUGUAGAGUUUCUUCUUGAGCUGUUCAACAUCCAAGUUCCACUGCUGUAGCCUCCCUUUUAUUUUAAGUGAAAGAAAUUAAUCUGAACAUUUUUCAAUCUUAUGCUGAACUCCUUGGUCUCAUUAAAUGGAGCCCUCCUCCAACUCCCAGCAGCAGUUGGAGAGACUGUGCUAAAAGCUCACUUGGUCCUUGGCCUCUGUUGCUAGGAUGGUGAUGCCUGAGGUUGGGUUUUUAUUUUAAAUGUAUUGUACUCAGGGAUUAAACUUUGUGAGUCUUGUGGAGAA